AUGGAGGAGUUGCUACAUCUUGCGAUCAAGUUCGAGAACCAAAUCAAAAGACGGGGAAAAACGCAUCAGAAAUUUGGUUCCAACUCUUCCAAUGCUCGGCCACAUUUCCACAAAGAAGAUAAGCAACCUUUUGGUUCAAAAUUGGCAGCAAAACCCGAGGGCAAACCUGAUACGUCUCAGCCAAGAAAACAAGGUACUUCAGAUGCUCUUCAAUCGUGUACUCGAGAUAUUCGUUGUUUUAAGUGUUUGGGCAGAGGACACUAUGCUAAUGAGUGCCCAAAUCGGAGAACUUUGGUGGUUCAUGAUAAUGGAGAGAUCGAAACCGAAGCAGAGAGUGAAUCUGAUUCAAUGCCGUCUUUGGAGAGUGAUGUAGACAAGCAAGAGGCUGAGUCAGGUAAACUGAUGAUGACUAGACGGGUUUUGAAUCUUCGAUCAAAAGAAGAGGAGAAAAUCCAGCGAGAAAACAUCUUUUAUACAAGAUGUGUUGUGAAAGACAAGGUAUGUAGCUUGAUCAUUGAUAGUGGAAGUUGUACUAACGUGGCGAGCAAUUCUUUGGUUGAGAAGCUAGGGUCACUUACUCAGAAGCAUCCAAAGCCAUACAAACUUCAGUGGCUGAAUGAUAGUGGAGAAACGAAGGUUCAUAGGCAAGUAAAGGUUCCAUUUCGUAUUGGCAAAUACGAAGAUGAAGUGCUAUGUGAUGUUAUGCCUAUGCAAGCUGGUCAUUUAUUUCUUGGGCGGCCAUGGCAGUUUGAUACGCGUGCUCAGCACGAUGGAUACUCCAACAAAUAUUCUUUCGAGUUCAAAGGGAAGCAAAUCAGAUUGGUUCCUUUGUCUCCUAAGGAAGUGUACGAAGAUCAACUCCAAAUGAUCAAGAAUGAGAAGAAACUGUGUGACCAUGAGGUAGUUCACUCAAAAAUUGGUGAGGAUUUGAGAAAAACUCAGAAAAAGACCUUUGAGAGUAUACCCGUGAGAUCAAACACAAAUUUUUUCAUGAGAGCGAGAGAGGUCAAGAAAGCAUUGUUUUCACAUCAGCCUAUGUUUGUACUUCUGUACAAAGAGGCUCUUUUGAACACUAACGAACUCACCUCUACUUUGCCUAGUGUUGUUCUUGAUCUUCUGCAGGAAUACGACGAUGUUUUUCCGGAGAAGAUUCCAAAUGGACUGCCACCAUUACGAGGAAUCGAGCAACAAAUCGAUUUCAUUCCCGGUGCAAGUAUUCCGAACAAGGCAGCCUACAGAACCAAUCUCGAGGAAACCAAAGAGCUUCAUAGGCAAAUUUCGGAUCUGAUGGAGAAGGGACACGUCCGAGAAAGCAUGUCACCAUGUGCCGUGCCGGUGAUUUUUGUACCAAAGAAAGACGGUACGUGGCGAAUGUGUGUUGAUUGUCGUGCGGUCAACCAAAUCACGGUAAAGUAUCGUCAUCCUAUUCCGAGACUUGAUGACAUGUUAUAUGAGUUGCAUGGUUCAAAAUUCUUUUCUAAGGUUGAUUUGAGAAGUGGCUAUCAUCAAAUACGCAUGAAAGAAGGUGAUGAAUGGAAAACAACCUUUAAAACAAAGCAUGGAUUGUAUGAAUGGUUGGUUAUGCCUUUUGGCUUAAUAAAUGCACCUAGCACGUUUAUGAGGCUGAUGAAUCACGUUCUUAGACAUUUUCUAGGACGUUUCGUGGUUGUGUAUUUUGAUGAUAUCCUGACAUAUAGCAAGAACCUUAUUGAACAUAUUGAACACAUCAAAUCUGACUUGGAUGUUAUGCGAAAUGAGCAAUUGUUUGCUAACCUCAAGAAAUGCACGUUUUGCACUAACAAGUUAGUGUUUUUAGGGUUUGUGGUUAGUGAGCAGGGAAUUCAUGUCGAUGAAGAGAAGAUCGCAGCCAUAAGUGAUUGGCCAUGUCCAAGGACAGUUGGUGAUGUGAAGAGUUUUCAUGGACUUGCUAGUUUCUAUAGAUGGUUUGUAAAGGACUUUAACACCAUAGUUGCACCAUUGACAGAAGUUAUAAAGAAGAAUGUCGGGUUUAAGUGGAGAGAUGCACAAGAAGCCGCUUUUCAACUUUUGAAGGAAAAAAUCACUAAUUCUCCACUCUUAUCCCUACCUGAUUUUUCUAAAGCUUUCGAGGAUGGAAACACCGAAAGCGGAGAUGCAAUUGAUGAGUUUUUUCUCAUCAAAUCUGGGCAUAUCGAAGAUUCUUCAACUCUUAUGGAGUUCGACAAUUCAGAUUUGAGGACAAAUCUUUCUCAAGAAGAGGAGAAUGAUGUGGACAUCCAAGGCAACACCAUUGGAGCUGAACUCAUGCAAGGACGAGCUGCAUCGGAAGCUAGCUAUGGGAUGAACACAGCAGGAGAAAGCGUUGAGCUAAUUGGACCGAUUACAAGAUCUCGUGCCAAGAAGCUGCAAGCUGCACCAAAUGGCCUUAUUCGUGUUCUUGACCCAAACAAGGGAGAAUAA